CUUCACUUGCACUUAAUGGCUUCCUCUUCUUCUUCUUCUUCAUCCAUUACUCCUAAAAUAGAGUAUGAGGUUUUCCUUAGUUUCCGUGGUGUGGACACCCGACAAAACAUUACCAGCCAUCUUUAUGAAGCCUUUUGUCAAAAAAAUAUUAAAACUUUCAUUGAUGAUAGCCUUGUUAGAGGAGAAGAAAUUUCUGUAUCUCUUUUGAAGGCAAUUGAACAUUCAAAGAUCUCGGUUAUCAUUUUUUCUAAAGGGUAUGCUUCCUCAAGAUGGUGUCUCAGAGAACUUGAAGAGAUAGUUAAAUGCAAGAACACGUAUGAUCAGAUCGUAAUACCAGUCUUCUAUAAAGUAGAUCCAUCUGAUGUCAGGAAUCAAACUGGGGAUUUUGGGAAAGCAUUUGCUGAGCUUGAAAAGCGUUUUAUGGAUGAUUCAGAGAUGUUGCAGACAUGGAGGGCUGCUUUGAGGGAUGCAGCCAACCUAUCUGGCUAUGAUUCAAAGAACUCUAGGGAACUAGAGCAAUUCGAAGUAUAUGCUUGGAUAUGUUUGAAGUAGAAGAGUUGCAUUUAAAUCCUAAAGCUUUCAACAACAUGCAAAACCUAAGAUUCUUGAAAAUUUAUGAGUUCAAACAUGGAAAGAAGGUG